CCUCAACCGCGCAAACUCACCCGCCGCCCCCCGUAACGCCAUGCCUGCUUAAACAGCUCUUGGAUAAAGUCCUCCUCGAUAGGCCGCUUCGCUGCGGGCUGAAACUCACCGCCUGUCAUGUCCUCGAAUUCUAUUCUUUCCGCAUCGGCCAAAGGUGCCACUUUUCUUAUCCUCCUGCAAGUCGGCUCGCGAGCGCUCACUUUCGCCGUCAACCAGGUCUUGUUGAGGUUCUUGUCGCCGGAAUUGCUGGGUGUUUCAGCCCAGCUGGAGCUCUUUUCUAUUUCUGUGCUUUACUUUGCACGAGAGAGCCUGCGAGUCGCGCUGCAGCGGCAGGCUCAUGGCACCCAGGCUGUCGUCAAUCUUUCCUAUCUUGGGGUCUUUUUCGGCGUACCUUUGAUUUACGGUCUGGCCCUUUUAUGGCUUUCGUCAGAGACCCCCGAUGUCCCCUAUUUCGUUGAUGCCCUGAGCUUGUACUGUCUAGCUACGUUUGUCGAGCUUCUGACGGAGCCUGCUUUUUCAGCCGUGCAGCAGAAGUUGCUGUACAAGAUACGCGCUUCAGCUGAAAGUACUGCGACCCUGCUACGCUGCUUUGGGACGUGCGGGUCUGCAAUUUUGGCAAGCAAAUAUGGCGUCGACAUCGGAGUCCUGCCGUUUGCAAUUGGUCAGCUGGCGUACGCUUUCGCACUUCUAAUCGUGUAUACGUACAAGAUGUGGCCAGUGACCAAAGCGGGACACUUCUCGCUCCUGCUGAAGCAGAUUCCAUCGACAAGAGAGACGCCAGUCAUCCUCAAUCAUUUCUCAGCACCUCUGCUCCGUCUCACAGCCUCUCUGACCGUCCAAUCCACUCUGAAGUACGUCUUGACCCAAGGGGACUCCCUCCUCGUCACGAGCCUUGCCUCUCUCGCAGAUCAAGGUGCCUAUGCCCUCGCAUCCAACUAUGGUGGCCUCAUCGCGCGAAUGCUCUUCCAGCCUAUCGAAGAGAGCAGCCGGAAUCUCUUCGCCAAGCUCUGCGCCGACAGCAGACCUCUCUCGGACCUCCAAGCCGCAAAUACGACGGAAGAGGAUGUCAAGAACCAGAAGCAGAGCCUAGGGCAAGCCUCCAAGAUCCUUACGACUAUUCUCCGGCUCUACUCCAUCAUAUCCCUCUUCGCCGUCACCUUUGGCCCAACUCUCGCGCCGCUCCUCCUCUCCAUCGUAGCCGGUAGGAAAUGGUCCGCAACAUCCGCCUCAGAAGUCCUGUCCACGUACUGCUACUACAUCCCCUUCCUCGCCAUCAACGGGGUGACCGAAGCCUUCGUGGCCGCCGUAGCUACAAACAAGGAGCUGUACACGCAAUCCAUCUGCAUGGGCGUCUUCUUUGCUUUCUUUGCCGGCAGCGCGUGGUUCUUCAUCGGGCAGCUAGGCUGGGGCGGCAGUGGAGUUGUAGCGGCCAAUACGGUGAAUAUGGGACUGAGGAUAACAUGGAAUACCUGGUUUAUCAAGGGUUUCUUCAAGAGGAGAGGACUGGAGUUCAGUGUUUGGGAGACGUUGCCAUCCGUCACGACACUAGCAUCGGCACCCUUCAUCCCAUACCUGCUGAAGGUGCGGCCAGCGGAGGAGUAUCUGGCGAAACAUGGCGUGCUGGGAGAGCUGGUCAGCAUUGGAGCAGUGGUUGCAGUCUUCAUCGUCCACGUUUUCAUCUGGGAGAGGAAUUUCCUCAAAUCCUGCUAUCAAAUGCUGCGUCCGUCGCGACCAGUCGCGCAGCCGAGAGUCGAAAGAUAGAAGAAUACAAACACCCCUUC